UCCCCUUCUGCACAUGUCUUCAGCGUGAACCUGGUGAAGUGGUCCUCGCAGGGGAUGCUGCGCAUGUCUCCGGAGGCCAUGAACGAGCUCUUCCAGCCCACCAUCAGCCAAAUCGUCCAGCACAUCGCGGAUCUCCUGGCUCGUCCGGAGGUGCAGGGGGUGAAGUUCCUGUUCCUGGUGGGGGGCUUUGCCGAGUCAGCGGUGCUGCAGCAGGCGGUCCAGGCGGCCUUUGGGGGCAUGUGCCGGGUGAUCGUCCCACAGGACGUGGGGCUGACCAUCCUGAAGGGAGCGGUGCUCUUCGGGCUGGACCCCACCAUCGUGCGCGUGCGGCGCUCCCCGCUGACCUAUGGCGUGGGCGUCCUGAACAAGUUUGUGGAGGGCAAGCACCCCAAGGAGAAGCUGCUGGUCAAGGAGGGCAAGCACUGGUGCACUGAUGUCCUGGAGAAGUUUGUCUCGGUGGACCAGUCGGUGGCCCUGGGGGAGGUGGUGAGACGCAGCUACUGCCCGGCCCGCUCCGGACAGCGCAAGAUCAUCAUCAACGUCUACUGCUGCGCCACCGACGAUGCGGUCUACAUCACCGACCCCGGCGUCCGGAAGUGCGGCACCAUCAGCCUCGACCUGGACGACGUGGAGGGGGGCUCCCACUCGCCAAAGAGGGGCGCCCGGAGGGAGAUCCGGGCCAGCAUGCAGUUCGGGGACACCGAGAUCAAGGUGACCGCCCUGGACGUCCAGACCGCCAAGAGUGUCAGGGCCUCCAUUGACUUCCUCUCCAACUGAGGACCACCAUUCAGAGGUUUGGCCGAGAUGGAAAGCUCCACCCGAGACCCCCUUCUCCUCUCAUCUGGUGCUUUGGUUGUGCUUCUCCUGCACGAAGGAAGAAGGGGGUUGGACUAGAUGGGCUCAAGAGGUCCCUUCCAACACUAUUAGUCUAUUAUUCUAUGCCUAGAAGGAAGCCAAGCUCCAUCUGAGACCUUCUUUUCCAUAAACAUAUGUGGUUCUUUGGUUGUGCUUUCCCAGCAUGAAGGCACAAAAAAGGGGGUUGGACUAGAUGGGCUCAGGAGGUCUCUUCUGACUAUGAUUCUAUGCCUAGAAGGAAGCCAAGCUCCACCUGAGACCCCCUUCUCCUCUAAUGUGGAGCUUUGUUUAUGCUUCUCCUGCAUAAAGGAAGAAGAGGGUUGGACUAGAUGAGCUCAAGAGGUCCCAACUCUAUUAGUCUAUUAUUCCAUGCCUAAAAGGAAGCCAAGCUCCAUCCGAGACCCUCUUCUCCAUAAACAUACGUGGUGUUUUGUGCUUUUCUUGAACGAAGGAAGAAGGGGGUUGGACUAGAUGGGCUCAAGAGGUCCCUUCCAACACUAUUAGUCUAUUAUUCUAUGCCUAGAAGGAAGCCAAGCUCCAUCUGAGACCUUCUUUUCCAUAAACAUAUGUGGUUCUUUGGUUGUGCUUUCCCAGCAUGAAGGCACAAAAAAGGGGGUUGGACUAGAUGGGCUCAGGAGGUCUCUUCUGACUAUGAUUCUAUGCCUAGAAGGAAGCCAAGCUCCACCUGAGACCCCCUUCUCC